AUGAGAGUUUAUCAAUGUCAUUUUUGUUCAUCACCAGUGUACCCACUUCAUGGUAUGAUGUUUGUUAGAAAUGAUGCUAAAGAAUUUAGAUUCUGUCGUUCUAAAUGUCACAAAGCUUUCAAACAACGUAGAAAUCCACGUAAAUUAAGAUGGACCAAAGCUUUCAGAAAAGCUGCUGGUAAAGAAUUGGUGGUCGAUUCUACUUUGACUUUUGCUUCCAGAAGAAAUGUUCCAGUCAGAUAUAAUAGAGAUUUAGUUGCCACCACAUUACAAGCUAUGUCAAGAGUUGAAGAAAUCAGACAAAAGAGAGAAAGAGCUUUCUAUAAGAAUAGAAUGAAGGGUAAUAAAGAAAACGAUUUAGCAUUAGACAGAAAAUUAGUUGAAUCUAACCCUGAAUUACUUAAGAUGAGAGAAGUUGAAUUAAGAAGAAAAGCCGAAAGAAAAGCUGCUAAAGAAGCUUCUAUGGAUGUUGAAGAAGAUAUCGAUGUUGAAUCUUCUGAAGAAGAUAUGAUGAGUAUGAGUGAAGAUGAAAGUGAAGAAGAAUCAGGUAAAGUUAAACAAAAGGUUUUAUUAAAAAACAAAAGAAAAGUCAAACGUUCAGCAUAG